AUGGCCACCCUACGCACUGGUCUUCGCGUUGCGCAACCGUUGCGAGCAUCGACUCGCAACUUUGCUCCUCGCGCCCCGAUCCGCUCCAGCGUUCGUCACUACAGCAGCCCUGCUCCUGGCUCGCCACCCCCUCCUCAGCCAUCAGGAAGCUCGUCGACGAGCAAGGUGCUGCUCACUUCGGUCGCCAUCGCUGCUGCUGCCGGUGGUGCCUUCCUCGCCUUUGGCCGGGAUGACAAAAAGUCGAUCCUCGGCGUCGGUGCCGAUGGCGCCAACAAGCUGCAGGGCUCCAAAGGCUCGGUAGGCCCCGCCACCACCAGCGCUCACUCCAAGGCCGACUAUCAGGCCGUGUACAACGCCAUCGCCGAGGAGCUCGAGUCGAACCCCGAGUACGACGACGGCUCGUACGGUCCCGUGCUCGUGCGUCUCGCAUGGCACGCUUCGGGCACGUACGACAAGAACAGCAACACCGGUGGUUCCAACGGCGCCACCAUGAGGUUCGCUCCCGAAUCCGAACACGGCGCCAACGCCGGUCUGGGUGCUGCUCGCGACUUUAUGGAGAAGAUCCACAAGAAGUUCCCUUGGAUCACCUACUCUGACCUCUGGACGCUCGGAGGCGUCGCCGCCGUUCAGGAGCUGGGUGGUCCCAAGAUCCCUUGGCGCCCCGGCCGCAAGGAUGCUACCGCCGACAAGUGCACUCCUGACGGCCGACUGCCCGACGGUGACAAGGGCCAGGACCACCUUCGAUACAUCUUCUACAAGAUGGGCUUCAACGACCAGGAGAUCGUUGCCCUCUCUGGCGCACACGCUCUCGGCCGAUGCCACACGGAUCGAUCUGGCUUCGAGGGCCCCUGGACUUUUGCUCCUACCUCGUUCACCAACGAGUACUUCAACCUGCUCAUGAACGAAAAGUGGAACAUCCGAAAGUGGAACGGUCCUCCUCAGUUUGAGGACAAGUCGACCAAGAGUCUCAUGAUGCUCAUGACCGACAUGGCCUUGGUGCAGGACCCUUCGUUCAAGAAGCACGUACAGCGAUACGCCAAGAGCGAAGACGAGUUCUUCAACGACUUCCGAAGCGCUUACGCCAAGCUGCUCGAGCUCGGUGUGCCCGCCGAGAACUUCAAGGCUUUCGAGACCAAGCUCGACGGAGGCAGGCCGUUCGAGUUUGCCACUUCUGCUGAGCAGGAGAACACCAACUAG